CGUGAAGUUCUGCAUCCACUGCCUCCAGUCCCUCCAAGCUGACCUGUCCUUUCCUUUGGUCCUCAGACCUCCAUUGCUCUAUAUCACCUGUGCCUGGACUGAGCCGCUGCAGCCAUGGGUGACGCGGAGAUGCAGGCCUAUGGCCCGGCCGCGGUGUUCCUCAGGAAGUCUGAAAAGGAAAGGAUCGAGGCCCAGAAUCAGCCCUUCGAUGCCAAAACCUACUGCUAUGUUACUGACCCCACCAUCGACUACAUCAAGGGGAAAAUCAAAGGCUCAGAGGUUGGGAAGACGACGGUGGAGACGGAGGAUGGGCGGACCGUUACGGUGAAACCCGAGAACGUUUACCCCAUGAAUCCUCCCAAGUUCGAUAAAAUUGAAGAUAUGGCGAUGCUAACGCACCUGCACGAACCAGCUGUCCUGUAUAACCUCAAAGAGCGCUACAAGGCCUGGAUGAUCUAUACAUAUUCCGGUCUGUUUUGUGUCACCGUGAACCCCUACAAGUGGCUGCCUGUUUACAACCCUGAAGUGGUCAAUGCUUACCGAGGCAAGAAGCGUCAGGAGGCCCCACCACACAUCUUCACCAUCUCUGAUAACGCCUAUCAGUUCAUGUUGACUGAUCGUGACAACCAGUCUAUUCUGAUCACCGGAGAAUCCGGUGCUGGGAAGACGGUGAACACAAAACGUGUCAUCCAGUACUUUGCAACAAUUGCAGCUGUUGGUGACAUAAAGAAGAAGGAGUCAACGAGUGGAAUAAAGGGAACCCUGGAAGAUCAAAUCAUCCAGGCCAAUCCCCUCCUGGAAGCCUUUGGCAAUGCAAAGACCGUCAGGAAUGACAACUCCUCCAGAUUUGGGAAAUUUAUUCGGAUUCACUUUGGCACCACAGGGAAGCUCGCCUCAGCGGAUAUCGAAACAUAUCUGUUGGAGAAAUCUCGAGUAACCUUCCAGCUUCCAGCAGAACGAAGUUAUCACAUCUUCUACCAAAUCAUGUCCAACAAGAAACCUGAACUAAUUGAUAUGAUGUUGAUCACCACAAAUCCAUAUGAUUUCCCGUACAUCAGCCAAGGGGAGAUUACGGUGGCCAGCAUCGACGACACCGAGGAGCUGAUAGCCACAGACAACGCCAUCGAUAUCUUGGGCUUCACUCCUGAGGAGAAAGUCGGAAUCUACAAGUUAACAGGCGCGGUCAUGCAUUAUGGAGUCAUGAAGUUCAAGCAGAGGCCAAGAGAGGAACAAGCAGAGCCUGAUGGGACUGAAGUUGCUGAUAAAACAGCCUACCUGACUGGCCUGAACUCUGCGGACUUGCUGAAAGGUCUCUGCUACCCCAGGGUCAAAGUGGGCAAUGAAUAUGUGACCAAGGGUCAAACCGUGGAGCAGGUGCACCACAAUGUCAACGCCCUUAGCAAGUCUGUGUAUGAGAAGCUCUUCACUUGGAUGGUGACUCGCAUUAACGAGCAGCUUGAUACCAAACUCCCCAGGCAGCAUUUCAUCGGGGUCCUCGAUAUUGCUGGUUUCGAAAUCUUUGAGUUCAACAGCUUGGAGCAGCUGUGCAUCAACUUCACCAACGAGAAGCUGCAGCAGUUCUUCAACCACCACAUGUUUGUACUGGAGCAAGAGGAGUACAAGAAGGAGGGGAUCGAGUGGACCUUCAUCGACUUUGGCAUGGACCUCGCCGCCUGCAUUGAGCUUAUUGAGAAGCCAAUGGGCAUCUUCUCCAUCCUUGAAGAGGAGUGCAUGUUCCCCAAGGCAACAGACACUUCCUUCAAGAACAAGCUGUAUGAUCAGCAUCUUGGCAAGUCAAGCAACUUCCAGAAGCCCAAAGUGGCCAAAGGCAAAGCCGAGGCUCACUUCUCCCUAAUCCACUAUGCUGGGACCGUGGACUACAACAUUAAGGGUUGGUUGGAGAAAAACAAAGACCCAUUGAAUGACACUGUGGUGGGAUUGUAUCAGAAGUCCUCCAUGAAAAUCCUGGCAAACCUGUAUGCCACAUACGCCGGAACAGAUGCAGAUGGGGCAUCCAAGAAAGGGACAAAGAAGAAGGGCUCCUCCUUCCAGACCGUGUCUGCGCUUUUUCGGGAGAACCUGAACAAGCUGAUGUCCAACCUUCGGACCACACAUCCCCAUUUUGUGCGCUGCAUUAUACCCAAUGAAACCAAAACCCCAGGGGAAAUGGACCAUCAUCUUGUCCUACAUCAGCUGAGGUGUAAUGGUGUGCUGGAGGGGAUCCGGAUCUGCAGAAAAGGAUUUCCAAACAGGAUCCUCUAUGGAGACUUCAAACAAAGAUAUCGGAUCCUGAAUGCCAGCGCCAUCCCAGAGGGGCAGUUCAUUGACAGCAAGAAAGCCUGUGAGAAACUCCUGGGCUCCAUCGAUAUUGACCACAAUCAAUAUAAAUUUGGGCACACCAAGGUAUUUUUUAAGGCUGGUCUCUUGGGUACUCUGGAGGAGAUGAGGGACGACCGCCUCACCCUGCUCAUCACCCGCACACAAGCGUUGUGUAGGGGAUACUUGAUGAGGCUGGAGUUUAAAAAGAUGAUGGAUAGAAGGGAGGCCAUCUUCUCCAUUCAGUACAACAUCCGAGCAUUCAUGAACGUCAAGCACUGGCCAUGGAUGAAGCUUUACUUCAAGAUCAAGCCUCUUCUCAGGAGCGCAGAGACUGAGAAGGAAAUGGCGGCCAUGAAGGAGGAAUUCGCCAAAACCAAGGAGAAUCUGGCAAAGGCAGAAGCCAAGAGGAAAGAGCUGGAGGAGAGGAUGGUGAAACUUCUACAGGAGAAAAAUGACCUGCAUCUGCAAGUUCAGUCUGAAAUGGAGAAUUUGACGGACGCAGAGGAUAGAUGUGAUCAGCUGAUCAAGAGCAAGAUCCAGAUGGAGGCCAAGAUCAAGGAACUGAACGAGAGGCUGGAGGACGAGGAAGAGACCAACGCCGAACUCACAUCCAAGAAGAGGAAGCUGGAGGACGAGUGCUCUGAGCUGAAGAAGGACAUUGACGACCUUGAGUUGACAUUGGCCAAGGUUGAGAAGGAGAGACAUGCCACUGAGAACAAGGUUAAAAACCUGACCGAAGAAAUGGCGGCCCUGGAUGAGACCAUCGUCAAGCUGACCAAGGAGAAGAAGGCUCUCCAGGAGGCACAUCAGCAGACUUUGGAUGAUCUCCAGGCUGAAGAAGACAAGGUCAAUGCCUUGACCAAGCUGAAAACCAAACUGGAGCAGCAGAUAGAUGAUCUGCAAGGCUCCCUGGAGCAGGAGAAGAAGGUCCGCAUGGACCAGGAGCGGGCCAGGAGGAAGCUUGAAGGGGACCUGAAGCUGGCCCAGGACUCCAUCAUGGAUCUGGAGAAUGAAAAGCAGCAGCUGGACGAGAGGCUUAAAAAGAAAGAUUUUGAGAUCAGCCAGUUCCUCAGCAGAAUUGAAGAUGAACAAGUCAUGGGGAACCAAAGUCAGAAGAAAAUUAAGGAGCUUCAGUCUCGUAUUGAAGAACUCGAGGAGGAGAUUGAAUCUGAGAGGGCGACUCGGGCCAAGGCCGAAAAGCAGCGAUCGGAAUUGUCCCGGGAGCUGGAAGAGAUCAGCGAGAGGUUGGAGGAGGCCGGGGGGGUGACCUCUACUCAGCUGGAGCUCAACAAGAAGAGGGAGACCGAAUUCCAGAAGAUGCGCCGGGAUCUGGAGGAGGUCUCCCUGCAGCAUGAAGCCACAGUGGCGGCACUGCGCAAGAAGCACGCCGAUAGCGCCGCCGAGUUCGGCGAGCAGAUUGACAACCUGCAGCGCGUGAAGCAGAAGCUGGAAAAGGAGAAGAGCGAGAUGAGGAUGGAGAUCGAUGACAUCAACAGCAACCUGGAGUCCAUGACAAAGUCUAAGGUGAACCUGGAGAAGAUCUGCCGCACCCUAGAAGACCAACUGAGCGAAUUCAAGUCCAAGACUGAGGAGAACCAGAGGUCGGUGGCUGAUCUCACCAUGGCCAAGGCUCGUCUCCAGACCGAAUCAGGUGAGCUGGCUCGACAGCUGGAAGAGAAGGAGUCUCUGCUGUCUCAACUGACCAGAUCUAAACAAGCUUUCACCCAGCAGAUGGAGCAGCUGAAGAGAAGUCUGGAGGAAGAAGUGAAGGCCAAAAAUGCCUUGGCUCACAGCUUGCAGUCAUCUCGUCAUGACUGUGAUCUCCUGAGGGAACAAUAUGAAGAGGAGCAGGAGGCCAAAUCAGAGCUACAGAGAUCUUUGUCCAAGGCCAACGGAGAAGUGGCGCAAUGGAGGACAAAAUAUGAGACUGAUGCCAUUCAGCGCACCGAGGAGCUGGAAGAGGCCAAGAAGAAGUUGGCACAGCGCCUCCAGGAGGCAGAGGAACACAUUGAGGCUGUGAAUUCUAAGUGUGCCUCCCUGGAGAAGACAAAGCAGAGGCUUCAGGGAGAGGUGGAAGACUUAAUGAUCGAUGUGGAGAGGGCAAACUCCCUGGCGGCUGCUCUGGACAAAAAGCAGAGGAACUUUGACAAGAUUCUGGCUGAGUGGCGCCAGAAGUACGAGGAAACUCAGUCUGAACUUGAAUCCUCUUUGAAAGAAUCCAGAUCUUUGAGUACAGAACUCUUUAAAAUGAAGAAUGCUUAUGAGGAGACCCUGGACCAACUGGAGACGAUAAAGAGGGAAAAUAAGAACCUGCAGCAGGAGAUCUCGGACCUCACUGAGCAGGUGGUCAUGAGCAGUAAGACCAUUCACGAGCUGGAGAAGGCCAAGAAGCAAGUCGAGAUGGAGAAGAGUGAAAUGCAGGCUUCACUAGAGGAAGCCGAGGCAGCUCUGGAGCACGAAGAGGCCAAGAUCCUUCGCAUCCAGCUGGAACUCACCCAAGUGAAGGCUGACAUUGAGCGCAGGGUAGCAGAGAAAGACGAGGAGAUCGACCAGAUGAAGAGGAAUUACCAGAGGACCCUUGAGACCAUGCAGUCCGCCCUGGACUCUGAGAUAAGAAGCAGGAAUGAGGCAAUCAGAAUUAAGAAGAAGAUGGAGGGUGACCUGAACGAGAUGGAGAUACAGCUCAGUCACUCGAACCGCCUCGCAGCAGAGGCUCAGAAAUACCUGAGGACCGUUCAGGGACAACUCAAGGAUGCUCAGAUCCAGCUUGAUGAUGCUCUCCGUAGUCAGGAGGACCUCAAGGAACAGCUUGCCAUUGCUGAACGUAGAAACAACCUGAUGCUGGCCGAGAUCGAGGAGCUGAGGGCUUCUCUAGAACAGACCGAGAGGUCCAGGAAGGUUGCGGAACAAGAGCUCCUGGAUGCCACUGAGCGCGUUCAGCUUCUGCACUCUCAGAACACAAGUCUCAUCACCAUCAAAAAGAAGUUGGAGACUGAUAUCUCACAGCUCCAAGGGGAUAUCGAGGACGUGACCAAAGAGGGCAGAAACGCUGAGGAGAAAGCAAAGAAAGCCAUCACUGAUGCUGCUAUGAUGGCUGAGGAACUGAAGAAAGAGCAAGACACCAGUGCCCACCUCGAGAGGAUGAAGAAGAAUCUGGAUCAGUCUGUGAAGGAUCUUCAGCUACGUCUGGAGGAAGCUGAACAGUUGGCUCUGAAGGGUGGCAAGAAACAACUUCAGAAGCUGGAGGCUAGAGUGAGAGAACUGCAGUCAGAGUUGGAUUUGGAGCAGAGGAGAAGUGCAGAUUUCAUUAAGGGCAUGAGAAAGUUUGAGAGACGGGUGAAGGAGCUGACCUUCCAGGCUGAGGAGGACAGGAAGAACAAUAUAAGGCUCCAGGAUCUGGUUGAUAAGCUGCAGCUGAAAGUGAAGGCCUACAAGAGGCUGACCGAGGAGGCGGAAGAAAGUACCAACACCCACUUGUCUAAGGCCAGAAGGGUCCAGCACGAACUGGAGGAGGCCGAGGAGCGGGCGGACAUCGCCGAGUCCCAAGUCAACAAGCUGCGGCUGAAGACUCGAGAAACCGUCACCACAAAAGUUUUUAUGACGACCCAGGAAUAAGCCGCAGACGGGAAGAUGGCGGCGCUGAGGUGCACAUAAUGUGUAUUACCCUGCAUCCACAGGACCAGAAUAAAUUAACGGCUCGGUGAGGACGGCGUACAGAGGCACAGUAUGGCGGGUGACAUUGGUCACAGCCUCACCCCAUAGAAGUCAAAGGAAGUGCGUCCAGCAGCAAAGGGAUUGCGCCAUUUCUGAUAAUCCAUCGCCGGUCUCCAGAUGAUGGGGGUGACGGUGUGUGCGGCCAUGACUUCGGGGUGAGCCAGAAUCACUGCACUGGGGGGUCCUCAUUACUCUAAACCCUCUAAUUAUGAGAGCCCCCGCCACCGACCCCUGCCGCUAAUUUAUUUGGUCCGGCCGUGUAGGGUGCCCUUCACGCUGCGGCCGCCAGUGUCCCUGAAAUAAAUGUGUAAAAACUGA